CUGUGCUACUGGCGCGUUUGUAACAGUACUCUGUGGUGGGACGGACGGCGGCUUUAGAGGCAGUAUGGCGUCAGCUCUGGAGAAUUAUAUUAACCGAACAGUUGCAGUUAUUACAGCCGAUGGAAGAAUGAUUGUGGGAACACUCAAGGGUUUUGAUCAGACAAUCAAUCUAAUUUUGGAUGAGAGCCAUGAGCGAGUAUUCAGCUCUUCACAAGGAGUGGAGCAAGUAGUACUGGGACUAUAUAUUGUACGAGGAGACAAUGUAGCGGUCGUUGGAGAAAUAGAUGAGGAGACGGACUCUUCGCUGGAUUUGGGAAACAUCAGAGCAGAACCUUUAAAUUCUGUUGUAAAUUGACCCCUGUGUAAAUAAUGUGCUGUACAUGAUUUUAUGCAUUCUAUGUUUUCUUACAAGCUUAUGGGUUUGGAUAAAAAUCAUAUGAAUUAUUGUUAACAUGUUUAGUUUAUUGUGUAUAAUAAAAUGUUUGUA